AUGUCAAAUUCGAAUAUGAACACUGACAAUAACAACCAUCCAUUAUUUGCAGCCACGGUGGAGUCUGAUGGGACUCUGGCCGCUGUAGAUUCGUCUCAAUCCGAUCCUUGGAAUGUGCCAUGCCAAGCCACACUCUCGUUCGCUGGUCGAGUCUUCGUUUUUGACAACGUACCGUGUGAUAAGGUCAACUUUGCACUUUUAGUUUUGGGAGGGUAUGAGUUCGAUCAUAGUAGCACUAGCCGGCCAUUGCCUCCUAUUAGAAGCAAUGACCCAAAGAGACGACAAUGUCUACAUAGGUAUUAUGAAAAGAAAAAACGUCGAUGUUUUGAAAAGAGAAUAAGAUAUAAUGUUCGUCGAGACGUUGCACUCAAAAUACACCGUGAUCGAGGUCAAUUUGUCGGGAAGAAGGUUCAAGAAGGAUCUAGAAAAGUAGCCAUCGAAAUGAAAAGUAGUUGUGCUAAUUGUGGAGUUAUGUCGAGCGAUACACCAUUGAUGCGGAAAGGGCCGGAUGGACCGAGGACUCUUUGCAAUGCGUGUGGCCUUUAUUGGACAAUUAGGGGGAAAAUGAGGAAUAUUUGUAAGUUUUAG